UCUGCGCAGAAGGGACGAGUCCUGCUGUGACGUACUAAAUCCGCGACGGCCCACCAAUUCCGCAUGCGGGCACGUGCGGUGCGACGGCUAUGGCGGCGCUGAAGGCGUGCGGGUGCUGGAUAGUGUCUGCGAGCGGAGAGAAGCUGAUCGCCGUUCCCACGGAUCCAGGCGGAGAGCCGUUCGUGUUUGACUGCAGCCGAGCGGAGAAAAACCCGCAGGAGACUGGGAAAAAAGGAGAUGACGGUGGGAACGAAGAGCCGGGCAGCGACAGGGUCCUGGCUCUCGCUGCCUCCCCCUCGGGCACGUUCUGCGCGCUCGCUGAUGACGCCAAGCGGCUCGUGCUGUUUGGCGCGCAGCCCACGUGGCGCCUCAUCAGCACCAGGUGGGUGGUGCGCCGGUGCACAUCGCUGGCGUUCACCGGCGCCGAGGACGAGCUGCUGGCGGCCGACAAGUCCGGCGACGUGUACUCCUUCUCCGUGUCGCGGCCGCAGAGGCCGGGCGAGCUCAGGCUGGGACACCUCUCCAUGCUUCUGGCUGUGGCUGUGACCCCCGACGACAAGUACAUCAUCACGGCUGACCGUGACGAGAAGGUGCGCGUGAGCAUCCUCAAGUCUCCGUAUAACAUCCAGUCCUUCUGCUUAGGCCAUCGAGAGUUUGUCAGUGCACUGUGUGUCCCUGCUGUCCCACCCCGCUGCCUGCUCUCCGGGUCUGGGGACGGGACCCUGAAGCUGUGGGAGUAUGAAUCGGGGCGACGGUUGCAGAGCUGGGAUCUAAAGGAGCCGAGUGAUAUGUCGACUGCGGACACGGGUUCGGAAAUGAGGCUUGCUGUCUGCAGCCUGGUGAGCUCCCCCGAUGGAGGCCACGUGGCGGUGCUGUGCGAAAGCAUUCCCAAAGUGCACCUCUUCCGGGCAGAACCAGGACCAGAGGGGCACCUCGCUUCCGCGCAGGUGUUGACCUUGUCCCACUGUGCCUGGGAUGUUACCUUUGACCCCCAAGGGAGGUUGUGGAUCCUUGUCCAGGAGCAGGAGCAUCCAGUGGUGCUGUUCACGCGGACGGAAGGUGGAUGGGAGCGUGUGCGUGAGUGCGCCGAGCUGUCGAGAGUGGAGGAGACCCUGCGGACCCACUGGGAUACAUUUCAAGACUCCAUGGGCGCAGACGGCCGCUUCCAGCACUUGUACAAGGUGAACUUCGACAACAUGGCCUCGUACCUGCAGAAGAAGCAGGAGAGGAUCCAGCAGCAGAACGAGAAGAAGGGCAGGAAGAGGGCGGCCGAGCACCCGCGAUGCAACAGCACCAAGAAGAAGACCAAGGAGGGGGGCGCGGCCCAGCCGGGGUCAUAAGCCUCCCAUCAGAACCGGGACUCAUGAUGCGGAAAGAACACAGCGGGACCCUGUGCCCGGACAGGCGAGAAGUCCGAGGUGAUCCUCGGACUGCAGCCAAGGCUCGUUGCUUAAAAUGAACAGAAUGUACAGAAGUGAACACAUUUUUACUCUUUAUUUGCUCGAGUUCAACUCGUGUAUGUGUGUCUCCCAUAUGGGGAUGAGGACAUGUGUGUGACACUCUGAGGAAACCUGGUAUUCUAUUUGGUUAAAUUUUUUUUUUUGGCAAAUAUUCAAUAAGUUGUUUAAUUACAUUUAUGUAUGAAGCUUUAUC